ACCAGAGGACAGGAGCUUCAGUUCAGUUCACUGACAGGAGCUAAAGUUGGUUUGAGAAUGUCGAAAAAGAAAGGACUAAGUUUGGAAGAGAAAAGAAGUCGAAUGAUGGAGAUAUUUUUUGAAACUAAAGAUGUGUUUCAGCUGAAGGACAUUGAAAAAAUUGCCCCCAAAUCCAAAGGAAUCACCCCCAUGUCAGUGAAGGAGGUGCUGCAGAGUCUGGUUGAUGAUAACAUGGUGGAUUCUGAGAGAGUGGGCACCUCUAACUAUUACUGGGCUUUUCCCAGCAAAGCCCUACAUGCCCGCAAACACAGACUGGAGGACCUGGAGAAACAGCAUGCAGAAGGGAAACAGCGGAGAGUGGCCCUUCAGCAAGCAGUUGAGAAAGCCAAAGAAGGUCGGCAGGAUACAAAAGAGCGAGCUGCUCUUCAGAAAGAGCUCCAGUCUCUCAGAGAGCAAAGAGAGAAGCUGCGGACGGAGCUGGAGAAGUACAAAGAAUGUGAUCCUGAGGUGGUGCAGGAGAUGCGUAAGGAGAACAUUACUGCUAAAGAAGCUGUAUCCAGAUGGACCGAUAAUGUGUUUGCCAUCAAAUCCUGGGCCAAGAGAAAGUUUGCCUUUGAUGACAAUCAGCUGGAUAAAGCCUUUGGAAUUCCAGAGGACUUUGACUACAUGGAUUGACUAAUUGUUCACGCAAACGGACACUACAUCCCCUAGAAAAUGAUUUCUCUUUGAUUUAGCAGACUGCUGCUUUACAGAUUUAUUAUUUACAGCAGACAUUACGUCAAAUUUCAUUGAGGUUGGCUUUUGUUUGGUUUGUUUGUGACUCCACAGAUUAAAACACAACCACUAAAGAGAGAGUUUGGCCGCAAAUCAAAUUUAGGCCGUUUUCCCCAUUACCUCAAAUGUGGUUGAUCAGCCAACUCAUAUUUGGUGUCUUGCUGGAAGGUUAUACCCCACCAAACUGCAUCAAACAGAUUUGCUCAGUUCUGACACUGUAUAUGGAUAAAAUAGACAAAACUUUUAAUCGAAUUCAAAUCACAAUAAAAUAACUUCUCUUCUACUUACAAAGACACACGUGAUGUGGAUUGAAAGCUUAGAAUCUGCACUCUCAACACAAUUUCUCUUCUCGUUUCAGUGAACUGUGAGUCAGAAAUAAACAGAAUGUAAGAAGAGGCACUUUAAAACCUCAAGGCCAUGAGAGACCUAGGAGGGUUAAAACCAAACAACCCCUUAGUUGAUGAGCCAAUACAUGAUUAUGUCAACUCUGACACUAUAACAUGCAUACAUCUAUAAACAUGGACUAAAGUAUUUUAGCAUAGCUUGUAGCCAUCUUUAAACCAUGAUAACAGUAUGUCAUACACCACAUAAGCAAGUCAAUUAGAGG